GAACGGGGCGGGUGCACGCGCAGCUGGGGGAAACUACCUUCCGACCUUCAUCCUCAUCUUCAUCCUCAUCCUGCUGCUUUAGAGCGCGCGCGACGUCAUUUUGCUUUUGUUCCUUCAAACCAGACGUGAAAGAUGGCGGACAGCAAAGUGGAGGGAAGCGCCGAAAUCAGCGCCAAGGAGUUGAAGGAAAAGAAAAUGGCGGAGGAGAAGAGCGACGACGCCACCGCCAACGGAAAAAAGGACCAGGAGAACGGCGAGCGGGACACCCGGGCCGCCCGGGACGACGAUGACGACGAUGACGACGUGGGAGACGAGGAUGAGGAGGACGGAGAAGGUGAGGAGGAGGAGGAGGAUGAAGACGACGAUGACCCAGUGGCGCCCACGGGGAAGAGGACGGCCGACGACGACGAUGAUGACGACGAAGAUGAGGAGCAGGACCACGUGGAACGGAAGAAGCAGAAGACCGCCAAGUAGACGUCGAACCGAGCCCGACCGAGCCGGGUCCUUCCUUCCUUCCUUCGUCCCUCCCUGAUGUCCAAAAGAGAAUUUGUUUGUAUUUUUAUUUACAUUUUCUAUUUUUGUAUAUAUUGUACGGAGGUUGGCCUCCACCACUAUCAAACACCCGGAAAGCAAAGCAAAGGUCUUUUUUUCUUUUUGUGCUAGUUUGUCGUCGACGAACGGGCCGUAGCCUCCUGUCGUGCGUGCGUCCGUGUCCUAGUCAGAAUCUUUUCAUGUCCGUCUUACGUCCUUGGCAAAUAAACUCAUUGGAUUUU